AUGCUUCUAGCAAAAAUAGGUCCUAAUUUAGUAUUUGAUUGUUCUUCUGAUCUUGGAUAUUGUGAUAUUGAUCAAAAUCAUGACUGGACUAAUAAUGCCAGACAAUAUUAUUCUAAUACUGAUCUUGGAGAAGCAAGCUCUUUCAUGCAAAAAGUAUCUAAUCAUAAUGAAUCGAAUAAUGAUAUAAAAGGAAAUAAAAUCUCGAACACUAAAGUUAUAGAUUAUGAGAUUCUAAAUGAUAAACAAAAGACAAUUUUUAGUGCAGUGCAGCAUAAUAACUUUAGCCAAAAUCAAAAGAACCUAAGUGGAGAAUUGGAA